CACUAGCUAGCCAUGCGUCAACACCCACUGCCACUUCACUGUGAGGUCGGGCAGGAGGGGUAUGCGCAGUGUGAGACUGACAGUACUCUUGUUCUUGGUGGAGCUCCUGCUUCAUCUAAAUAUUUCCUCGGGACAGAUGAACUCGAGGAAGCAGACCGUAACAUCUUCAGCAGUAAUGCCGUUCUUGGACAGAGGGCUGCUUCCAGGGCCUGCCUGUCAAAACAGCGGGGGCUUUUCUGACGCACCACUCUUAAGCACUGCAUUGUGAAAGUGAAAGUAUAUGAUCCAACUCUGCAGAAUGAAUUUCAUACGACUUGUGUGUCGACACAAAACUACUUUUUGGAUUGCCAGCCUCUCACUUUUUGCUGUGGUUGUUUUAUAUUUAGCUAAAUGUACCUCUGAAACCCUGAAACUCCCUGGUCCAGAGUUCCCACACCAUGCUGAGAAAAAAGAAAAUGGCUUGCAGCAGGUAGAACAGUUGAAGGAGCUGUCUGCCUUUCUAGUGGUGCUGAUCACCACAGGGCCUAAAUAUACAGAGAGACGCAGCAUCAUCCGAAGUACAUGGCUGUCCAGUCGGGACCCUGAGAUUCUUUGCCGAUUUGUUGUGGGAACGAAUGGUCUUGCUGCAGAGGAUGUUCAGAACCUUAACUUGGAGAACGCUAGACAUCACGACCUCCUAUUUCUCCCAGACCUGAAGGAUUCUUAUGAAAAUUUGACCAUCAAGCUGAUUCAGAUGUACUCCUGGUUAGAUCAGCAUGUGGAUUUCAGUUUUGUUCUAAAGGCUGAUGAUGACACUUUUGCUCGAGUUGAUGUUCUUAAAGAAGAACUUCGAUCCAAAGAGCCCAAAAAGCUGUAUUGGGGUUUCUUCUCAGGACGGGGUCGUGUGAAGUCUGCUGGCAAGUGGAAGGAGAGUACUUGGCUCCUCUGUGAUUAUUAUUUGCCCUAUGCACUAGGUGGUGGUUACAUUUUGUCUGCUGACCUUGUACAUUAUAUCCGAAUUGCUAAAGAUUACCUCAAGACUUGGCAAAGUGAAGAUGUCUCUUUAGGAGCCUGGUUGGCACCGGUGGAUGUCCAUCGUGUGCACGACACCAGGUUUGAUACUGAAUACAAAUCCAGAGGCUGCAACAACAAGUAUGUUGUGACUCACAAACAGAGUAUCGAGGACAUGUUAGAAAAGCACCAAACUCUAAUCAAAGAAGGUCGAUUGUGCAAGGAAGAAAUCAAAUUGCGACUUUCCUAUGUGUAUGAUUGGAAUGUGCCUCCAUCCCAGUGCUGUCAGAGGAAAGAUGGCAUCCCCUGAAGUCACUUUGCUGCUCUUCAGACUCUGGCUUUUGAAACUGUACCUUAAAACACUGCAAUUUCAUAGCAAGUCUCAACAGAAGCGUAAUGAAAUUUACUGUAUAUUAGCAGACACAGGUGUUCUUGGACAGACAGAUGCUGAGCCCUUAUGACAGUAUUGGUUUGUUCAAAAUGUGCAAUUACUGUUGUGUUUGUGUUUUUAAUAUUUAUUUCUUUCCGAUCAGGCUAGCUGCACUCUUUAUUUUGUAUCUGUCUUAUUAGACUACAAUACAGACUUAAUAAUGAUUGACAUCCUGAGCAUGAUAUCUGCUCGUAUUUGUUUCUUAUGUUUUGCUAUCUCCCUUGAUUCCCAAGCCACUUGGUUCCCAACCAUUGUGAAUUUUCAUUUACCACUCUGUGAAAAUCCCUGCAUUGCUACAGGAAACAUGAAAAUGGUGUAAUCAAAACUGACAAGUGAGAGAGAUCCGUUUUGAUGCCAAUCCUGUCUCUAAUAAUGGACUUUUCCACUUGGAAAAAUGGAAUAUAUGAACUCAAUUGCAUAUGUUUAGCAAUGUAUACAUACAAUUUACUCUUUUAACAUGCGAUGAUGUUAAAUCACAAUGAACCUCCUGAGUUUUUCUGCUCAGUUUUAUUUUAAGGGUCUUACAAGUCAUGACUUAUUUAAAAAAAAAAAAAAAACAAAUCACGCUACAGAUUUUUAAAAAGGGAGCGUACAUGUGCUGCUUUUUUCACCGGGGCUGGUUUAUAGACCUCUCUUGUAUUUAUGAGCUCCUAGAAAAUAGUUCUGUUCAUACACCCCAGUUCCUUAUUUAAUUAUGCCUGUUAAGGCUUGCUUUUAGUGCUUUAUUUAUUUAUAUACAGUAUGUAUAUAUCUCAUGGUUCAAAGUGAUGUUGUUUAAAAAAAAAAAAAUCUAAUUUUUAUAUUAAAAAAAAAAUCUUUCUGUAUUUUGAACUUCAAGGAACAUUUGUCUUAGGUCCUUGUAAACCUGCUUAGGUGACUUGAAUGCACUGUGCGGGCAAUUGCUUUCCUCAGAUUUCUUCAUUUGCUAGCAUAUGUAUCUCAGAAAUAUUAUGUGUUUGUGCUUUAAGAAUGGUCUUUCAAUUGUGUGUGUGUGUUUUUUUUUAUUAUAACCUUGUUGAAAUUAUAGUUCAAUAAUCUUGUACACCUUUUCAGAUUAUUGGACAAUGGAUUUACCAAUUGUGGAAAAGCGUGAAAUGCCAUGAUAUGUAUAACAUGAUCUUCACCUGACAUGUUUGACUUUGAAAAUGGUGAGUCAGUAAUAGGCUUUAUGCAUUUCGGAAGUUUAAGGCAGUAGUUGUUACAGCAUUGUGUUUUUCAAAAGGUAUGUUUCUACUUAAAUUGAUCUUUCUACCUUGCUAUUUGUCAUAUCUACAACAUUCCCAUUUGUAGUAAGAAGCAAACAUUUUAAAUAUUAGUGACACCUAAAAUGUUAAUGGCCCACUUUGCUGGAGGCUUUAACCUUUUCUAAAGUUUGCCAAAAAUAAAUAGUGAAUGUGCUUAUUUA